GCCAGUCUCCCACACACCCACUUUCCGCCAGUGGUACACACCUGCAAAUCCAGCCUCCCCGCCCCUUCCCAUCCCGAGAGACACACACCACCACCCUCUCCCCUGACGCCCGCCACCUGCCUGUUGGGAGAUGCUGAGGCAGUGGUCGGUGCAGGCCCCAGGGGAGCCAGAACCUGAGCCGGCGGGCGAGGAGCUGUGGGAGCAGGAGAUGGAGAGGCUGUGCUCCUCCCAGGAACCUGUGCGGGUGCUGCCCUACGCCAUGGUGGACAAGCGCUUCAUCCGGCAGCUGCGGGAGCCCGAGGGGCUGAAGACCUCGUGCUGGCAGCGGUGGCAUCACAGGCAGCAGACCGCAGGACGGCGCCUGGGGGAGGCAGCACGGCGCCUGGCCCGGGGCUGUGGGCUCUGGGAGGGGGCUCUCUACGAGAUUGGGGGCCUCUUUGGCACCGGAAUCCAGUCCUACUUCACCUUUCUUCGCUUCCUGCUGCUGCUUAACCUGCUGACCCUACUUCUGACCACCAGCUUCAUCCUGCUGCCCCUGACCUGGCUCCGCCCCCCUGACAGAGGACCUGCUCUGAACUUCACCCUCCAGUGUCCUGGUGGCCACCAACCCCAGACUGGUGUUCCCAAGUUCAACAAUCUACUCUGGAAUGUUUUAACGGGCAGGGCCUUCAACAACACCUAUCUCUUUUACGGCGCGUACCGAGCGGGGCCUGAGAGCAGCUCAGUGUACAGCAUCCGCCUGGCCUACUUCCUGAGCCCACUGGCCUGCCUGCUCCUCUGCUUCUGUGGGAUUCUGCGGCGGAUGGUGAAGGGGCUGCCACAGAAGAUGUUCCUGGGCCAGGACUACAGGUCACCUCUCAGCGCCAAGGUCUUCUCUUCCUGGGACUUCUGCAUCCAGGGGCAGGAGGCAGCCACCAUCAAGAAGCAUGAGAUCAGCAACGAGUUCAAGGUGGAGCUGGAGGAGGGGCGUCACUUGCUGAUGGUGCAGCAUCAGACCCGGGCGCAGAGGGCCUGCCACCUGCUCACCUACCUGCGGGUCAACACGCUCAUCGGGCUUCUGGUGGUUGGGGCCAUCAGUGCUAUCUUCUGGGCCACCAAGUACUCGCAGGACAACAAGGAGGAGUCCCUGUUUCUGCUGCUCCAGUACCUGCCCCCUGGGGUCAUCGCCCUGGUCAACUUUUUGGGUCCCUUGCUGUUUGUUUUCCUAGUCCAGCUGGAAAACUACCCUCCCAACACUGAGGUCAACCUCACCCUUAUCUGGUGUGUGGUGCUGAAGCUGGCCAGCCUGGGAAUGUUCUCCUUCUCACUGGGCCAGACUGUGCUGUGCAUCGGCAGAAACAAGACCAGCUGUGAGUCCUACGGCUACAACGCAUGUGACUACCAGUGCUGGGAGGACUCGGUGGGGGAGGAGCUGUACAAACUCAGCAUCUUCAACUUCCUCCUGACGGUGGCCUUCACCUUCCUUGUCAGCCUGCCUAGGAGGCUGCUGGUGGAGCGGUUCUCGGGCCGGUUCUGGGCCUGGCUGGACCGGGAGGAGUUCCUGCUGCCCAAGAACGUGCUGGACAUCGUGGAGGGACAGACGGUCACCUGGAUGGGCCUCUUCUACUGCCCCCUGCUGCCCCUGCUCAACAGCAUCUUCGUCUUCCUCACCUUCUACAUCAAGAAGUACACCCUGCUGAGGAACUGCAGGCCGUCCCCUCGGCCAUUCCGCGCCUCCAGCUCCAUCUUCUUCUUCCAGCUGGUGCUCAUCCUGGGCCUGCUCCUGGCCGCGGUGCCCCUGGGCUAUGUGGUCAGCAGCAUCCGCUCCUCCUGGGACUGUGGCCUCUUCACCAACUACUCAGCCCCCUGGCAGGUGGUCCCAGAGCUGGUGACCCUCCGGCUCCCACCCCCUAGCCAGCGCAUCCUCCACUACCUGGGCUCCCAUGCCUUCAGCUUCCCCCUCCUCAUCCUGCUCAGCCUUGUCCUGACCGUGUGCGUCUCCCAGUCCCAGGCCAGCGCGAGGGCCAUCCGGGGGCUCCGGAAGCAACUGGUGUGGCCUGUGGAGAAGAGGUGCAGAACAGCCCAGAGAAACAGCCCUCAUCUGACGGGGCACACAGGUGAUGGCUGGAGAGGGGUAGCCGGGGUGAGGCAGGAAAGACGCUCCCGGUCCCACCAAGGCCUGGGGGACUUGUCCCUCAGGUCCACCCACCGUUCUCUGCUCUGACUCUGGCUCUCCAGACACACCGAUGAAAGGGGGAGGCUUCUCAUGAGCUGCCUCGGCUCGAAUCAGAAGCCCUGAGCACAACGGAGAGGAAAAAACCUCGGGCUUCUGGGACUUCAGGCAACGAAUUGCCCGCAGCUGAGGGGACCUGUCUGACCGCCUUCAGUCGUCAAUUCCUUCCACGCAGCCCUCCCGGCAGAGUGAGAACAGAGUUUCUGGAAGGGAAUUUCACUAGGAAAACUAAGAGAAGAUUAGAUUUUGCCCAAAUGCAGAGAGGUAGGUGGGUCCCCAGAGCACACCCCCAGGGGUAUGAGUCAGGACUCUGGGUGGCAAGGGACAGAUGCUGAUUCUUGCCCACUGAGGAGAAGGGACCACCGAGGUGA